UGGUCCCAAGUCAUUCAACUCAUUCAACUCCUCAGAGCCUUUUGUAAUUCUUUGAUACAUACCAAACCAAGAGCAAAGACAAAAAUCACUCAUCCUUUUUUCGUACACAAUGAAAGGAGAGGGGAAGAACACGAAGUGCCUAGCAUAUGUUGCUAUUUUCAUUGUAUUUCAGAUCAUAGUCAUCACAGCCUUUUCACUUACUGUGAUGAAAAUCAAGGGUCCAAAAGUCAGGUUUGGCACCGUUGCAGCAGAAAAUUUCAGAUCCACAAGCUCUAACGCUCCAUCUUUGAGUUUGAAUUUGGUAACCAACUUUGCAGUGAAGAACACAAACUUUGGUCACUUCAAAUAUUCAAACAGCACUGUCACAAUCUACUAUGCAGGACAGGCAAUUGGGUCCGCUGAUAUUCCUAAGGGAAAAGUCAGAGCUCGAUCCACACGAAGAACCGAUGUCGUCAUUAGCAUUAACACAGACAAGCUUUCAGGAUCCACAAACCUUGGCAAUGACAUUAACUCAGGUCUUGUGCCUCUGACUAGUGAGGCUACCUUGAAAGGAAAGGUUGAAUUGAUGAAGAUUAUCAAGAAGAACAAGUCUGGCAAAAUGAGCUGCAGCAUGUCAGUUAAUUUGGCCAACCGUGCUGUCCAGGAUUUGAAGUGCUAGUGAUCAAAAUUUUGUGUGGUUUUGGUUAAUUUAGUUCUUUGUGGUAUAACUUUUUUCUUCCGAUGAGGACUUUAUAAGUCUCCCUUUUUUUAACUUUUUUUAAUUUUUAGCUUUUAGGUAUUGCACCUUGUUUUUUGUAAUGCCUUUUGGAUUCUUGUGUUAUAUUGAUUAUAAAUUCUUUUAUAUUCAUAUU